AUGGAGAACGGUCCUGUCGUCGUCGCUAGACUUGCCCGACCCCCUCGUCGCACCGCCAACGGCGAUCCCCUCGCUCGAUACAGAGCCAUCCGCGCCAAACUACAUGCGGAGGAUAAGGUAGCUCAGCGGAUUGCAGCUAUGGGAGGUUUGAAGCUGAAGAUGCCAGAUCCUCGACUGUUCUAUGAAUCACCUUGCCCGUCAUUGGAAUCGGACAUAUCUCCUUGCCCCGGCUCGCGAUCUCCUACCCUUGACGAGAUGGUAGUUUCAGGCGCUGGAGAGGCAUACAACAGGAAGCUGAGAGAAGAACGCGAGGCUCCUACCGCGGGCGAGGGCGCGAUACCAGAGGCCUCGUUCUCAGGUCAGAGCACCGACCACUCGAGUUUGAUUGACCAGAACUAUCGGACUGGAGGAGAUUCGACUCGAAAGACCGAAGACAUCUGUAAAGCGAGCAAAGAGGUCAGCAAGCCGGAGUCAGUAGCACAUGGACAGACGACCUUUCGACAGGCAGACACCGACGAUGAGAUGGUAGAGCCGACAGUCAACAAGGCCGCGAAGGGAAAGCAAUUGGAAAAUCACAUGACGGAAAGUAUCAGCUUGGCCUCGGCUCGGGAAAAUCGAGAGGAGACCGCUGCCGAUGACGAGUCCGACUGGGAUUCAGAUACCGAUUCGAUGGUGUCCUCAAUCUGCGAUUGGGUGCCGCGUGAAACACUGGUCGCCAGAAUCGCAGAUCACCGGCUGUACCCUGGCUACGACGCCGCCCCCGAUACCUCAGAACUCUCCGAAUCAUCUUCGUCGACUCCCACAUCGGGUUCCUCGUUGCAGCUCUCCUCACUUUCCGUGGGAUCGACCAAUGCCAGUGACUCUUCAAUCAGCUCAAUGGAGAAGAGUGUUGAGCUCGUCGGCUGGAAAGGCAAAUUUGUCAAACCCAGAGGAUGGGUAGCGGCCAGCCCAACGACAUCGAAGGCCACGAUCGAUAGAGAUGUCGCAUACUUCAAGGGCAAUUGCUACAGUGUCGUCAGAGGGACUGCUGCGGGAAUGCUUGACAAGUUUGACGAUGGAGUGGUGGAAUGGGUGACAGCCGAGGAGGAGUAG